GUAACUCUUCUGAUAGCGGGUUCACCAUCUCGAUCCAGGUAUGUAGUCCAGGAUAGUCCAGGAUAGAUCGAGGGAUAGAACAUCCCAAGGCGGCUCUCAAGCUCAAAAACAGUACCGUAUUACAUGCCGUUACGCCAAUACCACCGCCACUAGUGCAGAGAAAUGGCCGUACAGGACGGCAACGAUACACGCCUUUCGCCACGCUCUCAUUGGCUCAUUGGCCCAACAGCGCCCGCCCGACACCGCCCUGAGUCAAAAACUUUUUUUCGCUGUUCUUUUUCUCCCCUCCCGGAUUCACCGUCUUUUUUGCUUCCUUUCUACACCAUCACGACGCUCGACACAUUGCACCACCCACACAGCCAGUUCUCUCAAUGCCUUCUUCCACACUCAUCUGAGUACCCAGUACCCACUACACAUAGUAUAUUUAAGUGCUUGACGAGCACAACAGCGCUUAUGCGUGUAAUUCCUUCAAUCUUUACUUCUCAGGACUACAUAUCUGAUCACCUCUGGAAAGCUUCGGUAAAUUGAGUCAUACAUCGCGCUAGUUGAGAGUUGAGUUAUAAAACUGUAGAGACAAAAAGAAAAAAUCAACAAUUAUGUUUGCACGAAUUAUCAAAUCAGUCCCAGCGGGGGCUCAUGCUACCGCUGCUCUGAGGACUCCGGCCUUUAAUGCUCGAUUCAUGGCUACUGUCAGCCGAACCGAUCCUCUCCAGACCGCUCCCCCACCUAAGAAAGUCACCCCAUCGGCUCAUGACAGGGCGACAUUCACGAUCAGAGAUGGUCCGGUAUUCCACGGGAAGUCGUUUGGUGCCAAGGCAAACAUCUCCGGUGAAGCUGUCUUCACCACUUCCCUCGUAGGAUACCCGGAGUCCUUGAGUGACCCUUCUUAUCGUGGCCAGAUUUUGGUCUUCACCCAGCCUUUAAUUGGCAACUACGGCGUGCCGUCUGCUGAAAGGGACGAGAAUGGCCUUCUUAAAUACUUUGAAUCUCCCAGCCUCCAGGCUGUUGGCGUUGUCGUUGCCGAUGUUGCCGAGCGCUACAGCCACUGGACCGCUGUUGAGAGUCUCGGUGAAUGGUGCACUAGGGAAGGUGUACCCGCCAUUUCUGGAGUUGACACUCGUGAAAUUGUCACCUAUCUUCGUGAGCAGGGUUCCUCCCUGGCCCGAAUCACAAUUGGCGAGGAAUACGAUGCUGAUCAGGACGAGGCCUUCGUUGACCCGGAGCAAAUUAACUUGGUGCAAAAGGUUAGCACCAAGGCCCCCUUCCAUGUUAGCCCUGGAAAUAGCACCGCACACGUCGCCGUCAUCGACUGCGGCGUUAAGGAGAAUAUCCUGAGAAGUCUUGUCAACCGGGGAGCCAGCAUCACUGUCUUCCCUCACAACUAUCCUAUCCACAAAGUUGCGCACCACUUCGACGGUGUGUUCGUCUCCAACGGACCCGGCGACCCAACCCACUGCCAGGAUACUGUCUACAACCUCCGCAAAUUGAUGGAGACGUCCCAAGUGCCAGUAAUGGGUAUUUGCCUUGGCCAUCAGCUCAUUGCCCUGGCCGCUGGUGCUCGAACAAUCAAGCUGAAGUACGGCAACCGUGCCCACAACAUCCCUGCUCUGGAUUUGACCACGGGCCGCUGUCAUAUUACCAGCCAGAAUCACGGAUAUGCCGUUGAUGCUUCUACGCUCCCAAGCGACUGGAAGCCCUACUUCAUCAACCUCAACGACUCUAGCAACGAAGGCCUGAUCCACAAGACCCGACCUAUCUUCAGCACCCAAUUCCACCCGGAGGCAAAAGGAGGCCCGCUCGAUUCCUCUUAUCUUUUUGAUAUCUACCUGGAGAGCGUGCAUAAGUACAAGGCCACACAGGCGGUGUUCCAACCUCAUAGGGACAGCCGCCCAAGCCCUCUACUUGCUGAUCUUUUGGGCAAGGAACGGGUUGGCGUGCAGGCUACUAUUGGCGUUGAAAGUCAGCCCGUCGCAGCUGGUGUUGCCUCUGCCCCUGCUGCUGCUGCCGCCGCCGCUUGAUUGAUGACUUUUGCUUCCUUUUUUUUUUAAUGCUCUGGGUGCUUUGGCGUUUUCCACUCUUUGUCCUCUUUUCCAAGUUUUCUGUUUAUGCCAUUUCAUUUUUACCGUUAUCGCGCCGUUUUGGGCACGUGGACUAUUGUUCAAUUCUUAUGAUAUUUUUUCCCCUUAUUUAGUUCUCUAAAGUAAUCAAAUUACACUCUUCCGCCUAAUAUUACCUCUAUCGUGUCUCCUCGCAUCCAAUCAAGAAAUCCGCUUUUCCCACUGAUUACAUAAUCACCACAGGUUCUCGCUUGGACAGCCACUAAACCCUUAGCGCAAAAUCAGCUGAGUCAGCCACGCACACUACAAAGCAACUCCAACGCUCUCUCUCCUUCUUCCUCUUAGCAACCAUCCCCCUCAUCGUCAAAGAAGUUCAAAACUCUGCGAAGAUGAGAGCUAAGUGGAGAAAGAAGCGCGUUCGACGGCUGAAGCGUAAGCGCAGAAAGGUCCGGGCUAGAAGCAAGUAAACAACUCGACCACUCCGUCUCAGCUUUUUCUCCGUCCAUGCAUUAAGUCAUGCUCCCCUCCGAGCUGAAAUGAAACCGCACACCGAUUGAAUUCCCUCCCCCCAAACAAAAGCAAAAAGAACAUGAAACUCGAACGAAUACGAUCAUCUUAAACGAACACACCACGAUUGCCCUAUCUCUUUUCCUUUCGCCUAGUCAUAAAAGCAGUAGCUCAGAUGCCUUUUCCAUUUUUCAGCAUCCCAACCCGUUCUGAGCUCCGCCUUUUUUUAUUUAUCUUACUUCUUAACGAAGAGUUACGACAAGGAAAGAAAUUUGACGACAUGAAUUUCUUGUUUUUUGAUUGGCUUUUUUUCAUUUAAAACGUUCGGUUGCGGGAAAUGGGGGUUGGGGAAGGAGGAAGAGGCGCUAAAUGGAAAACUCACAUAUGUCUUUUGUCGCCUUUGAUUCCUUCAAAUCGAAGGGUCUGAUUUUUGUGUGGAUGGGAGGGAGCUGGUCAAUUCCCCCCCCCUUUCCUGAUAUGUUUUAAUUUCCACUUUUCUUCUCUUCGCUUGCGAUUUGUUCUCGUCUUAAACAGGGGGAGUGCAGAUCAAGGUGAAGGAAGAAAGGGGAAACAUCAACAUUGUAGGAAUUACGGAGCUGUUGGGGUUUACUUAAAAUAAUACAAGGCUAAUUUUUUUUUCUUCUCGUCUAUUGAUCAUCUUUGUUUCUGAAUUUCUUAAUGGCAGUUUCUUUGCCUUGCUUGUUCGUGCCUCAUUUUCUAACUCUGGGACGAGUGCGCGGGGUGUGGCCCUUCAUAAGUGUGGCCUUAGCUCUCAUCCUGUGACUAUAAAUCCAUUGGUCGAAAAAUUCAAGUAAUAUUAUUUUUUCCAAUCGUAGGAUUACGGGUAAAUAGUCCAUUCCAUCAAUGGAUUUAUUUGUUGGUUGAUUGCCGUGGUGUUGAUCAGCGUUUAGUGCAAAAUCUUCGCCGGGAAAUAUUUUAGCGGUGGAGAUUUUAUAUUUUUUAUAUAAUUUUUCUCUCUCCG